AUGGAGGACGAGAGCAGCCAGGACUCCGGCGUUCAAUACAUGAACCUCUCUGACAACGAAGCCAUGCAUUACCGGAUCCCUGCUAGCAUUGAAGACCAAGACUACAGUGGCAUUGAGACAGCACCCAUCGUUCUUUGCCAUCAGCAUGGUGUGGCGGCUGAGAGGCGUGUAGCAUUUGAAGCAUUUAACACAGGCAGGAGGUUCUUAGUCUGUCCUAAGAAUGUAUCUGACAUGAAGACAAAGAUGGGGAAGAAAGAUGCAGAGAUCUUCAAGCUGCAGGAGAAGUAUAAAGUUGAUGAACUCAAAAAAUCUGAGGAAAAGCUCACCCAGGAGAACACUCAGUUGCCCCUUCACAUGGGUGAUCUCAAGAAGGGACAUGAGAAGCUCACAGCAAGGAGGGAUCAGCUAAAGAUUCAGAUUGCUGAACUAUUGAAGUCAGAGGAGAAGAACAAGCAGAAAUUGAAGGGGAUCCUGGACAUCCUGUCAGAAUGA